AUGAGUCAAGCCACUAUUACUGCUUUGUACCUCGACGCUGGCAUUCAGGCAUCCAAGUACAUCAAUGUCGGAACGUUUGCAGUUUUAAUUUUUGACUACUGCAUUACUCUAGAGGCAGAGUCGCAGUGGGUAUGGCAUCGAAAAUGGACGUUCGUGAGAUUUAUAUUCACUAUAUCGCGAUACCUGCCAUUUGUUGGCAUCGGGAUGACAUUCAUAGCUGCGCUUCGAACACAAUACUAUCCUGGUGAAAGUUGCAUUAGAUUCAGUAAAGCGUCUACUGUGUUGCACAUUAUCUGCAUUCUAGCCGCAGAAGGAUUGCUAAUAACGAGGAUUUACGCUUCCUGGAAAAUUUUUCCCGUAGUUUGUUCCGUCGGCUCUUAUAUCUUCUCGGGCACUUCUCUGGUAGCGAACCUUCCAAACUUUAACACUAACAUACCGAAUCCGGCCAACUGUCUUUUCAUAUCUGGGAGAACCGAUGUCUUCGAGUAUGCUACUUUGAUGCUCUACGAAUUGGUCCUCCUUUGCCUGAUGUCGUUCAUCAGAUCCAGAUGGUACAAAGAUAUUAGUAUUGUCGGAUCGUUGCAAAAAACGUUUUUCGAUGAUUCAGUGAGAUAUAUGAUUUGCAUCAUGAUCAUGACUUCGUUCACUAUCAUUCUGACUAUGAGUCCUCCGAUCACAUGGGUUGCUAUCACAGACUCUCCACAGAUCGUCAUCCACAGCGUCCUCGCCUCUCGGAUACUUUUCAACCUACGAGAAAGUGAAGAACGUUCGCGAAAUCAUACAACACUGGCAGAAAUAUCUGACAUGCAGUGUGAAGAAGGCCAGCUUUCAACAUCGAGGUCUGAGGCUUAA